GCCGCGUCGACGUCACCACGAUGAUAUACCAGCCGAUUCCUACCACGGACAAGCCCUCCAGCCAGCAACCAUACGUGGACCAGCACCAAAACCAAGCGCAGUAUGCUCCUCAACAGCCCUACCAACAGCAACAAGCCGCCUACAACACCGCUCAGCAUCCGUACGCACAACCAGUGUACGCGUCGGUCGUGUACAUGCAGCCCCCUCGACGCAGCGCAGUGCAACGCUACGUCAGUCGCUUCGGUCAUGCGCUGUUGCUCGUUCUGCUCAACAUUGUGAACUUGGUGUUCUCGAUUGCAAUGUUUGCCGCGGUCAUGAUCGGGCUGUCCCUCUCCGUGGGCCUGUUGCCAGUGGCAUGCUUGGGUCUUGUGGUGCUCAAUCUAUUUAUCUGCUUCAUUCGACCCAUCGCCGCAUUGGAUGGGUGGCUGUACAGCCUGCGACAACGGGCGUACGAAAGCCUUACGGACGAAAACUAGCUAACUAACUGGUGGUUAUUGGUUAUGGAAGUGCCGGCAAUUCACAUUUUCAGCAUGGAGCUAUUCAUAGCGAUCCAAUAUUCCUUCCAGUUGUUUACAGUCGUGUUUGCAAGAAUGAUCUAUACAGUUCUAAUAAAUUUAGUAGGUCAAAUAUGCUGAGGUUGGACGAAUUUGUAUGGCUGAAAGAACUACAUAUUUUAGCCAAUAGAAGCAAUAAGAUCGAAAUAGUAUAUGGCUUCAGUUAACAGUAUUUACACUACUGCGUUCUGUAGCACAGUAAUUUGCCUUGAAAAGUGUGAAAGUAAUAGUAACUUAAUACUAUUAUUAAUAGUAUUAAUAGUAUUAAUAAUAUUAAUAAUUGGUAUUCUUGAUACCUUAUCCUGUU